AUGAACGGCCAUCACGCCGCUAGACCCCUGAGACCGGGCAUCAACGUGCCCAUGGUCACCAUAUUUGACCCAGAAACCGAAGACGUCGAUGUCAACGCGAUCGCAAAGCACGCUGUCAGGCUUGCCAAGGCUGGCCUUUCAUCCAUCACCUGUCAAGGCUCGAACGGAGAAGCAGUACAUCUGACCAAGGAGGAGCGGAUACUGGUAACGAGCACCACGCGUAAAGCGCUGGAUGAAGCUGGGUUUUCAGAUAUGCCGAUUGUGGUUGGCUGUGGAGCUCAAUCCGUGCGAGAGACGAUCGAGUUUUGCCGAGAUGCAUACCAGGCCGGCGGAGAUUGUGCUUUGGUUCUGCCCCCAUCAUACUACAAGUCAGCAUACAAGCCUGAGUCGUUUGUUGAGUACUUUCACGCCGUUGCGGAUGGCUCACCAAUUCCCAUUGUCAUUUACAACUAUCCCGGAGCGGUCGCCGGGGUGGAUCUAGACUCGGACACCAUCAUCAAGUUGGCCAAGCAUCCCAAUAUCCGUGGAUGCAAGCUUACUUGUGGCAACACUGGCAAAUUGAAUCGUAUUGCUCACGCGGUCAAUGCCGCUACACCAACUGAUAUCGGAUCGGGCUGGAUGUGUAUGGGUGGUUCGGCGGAUUUCACUCUCCAAACGCUGAUUGCCGGGGGGUCAGGAAUUAUCACCGGCUUAGGCAACGUGGUCCCUAAGGCUUGUGUCAAGGUUUACAACCUCUAUGCCGAGGGCAAGGUGGAGGAAGCUCAGAAGCUACAGGCAGUGGUAGCCCGAGGAGAUUGGGGCGUGAUUGCUGGUGGAAUCACAGGCACCAAAAGUGCGAUGCAGUCAUAUUUUGGAUAUGGGGGCUACACACGACGGCCACUGCCCAAGCCGACCAAGGAGGAGGUGGCCAAGUGGGAGGAGAUGUUGAAGGAAGCUGUCGAGCUCGAGAACUCGCUGUAA